CUCCCACACCAGAACCAGCAAGCGCACUUCAAAGCUCAGCCCUGCUCUUCUCAGGCAGCCACCGCCUGCACACAUACUCCACCCAUGGCGGCGUCGGUAUCCUGCUCCUUCUUCUUCUUCGACGCCGAGCCGGUCGGUGAGCCCGGCAUACCCGCGCAGGACGCGUGCGCGCUCUGCGCCAAGUCGCUGGCGCGCGACAGCGACGUCUUCAUGUACAGAGGGGACACGCCCUUCUGCAGCGAGGACUGCCGCCACCACCAGAUGCGCCUCGACGCCAGGCAGGCGGCCAAGUUCGCCGCCCGCAGGCAGAGGCAGUUCUCGUCGUCGGCAACGGCGUCCGGCCGCGGGCACCGGGAGUCCAGGGAGGUGCCCGUCGCCAGCUAACAUGGUCUGCCGCGCGAAGGCGGCGGCGAGCUACCUAAUUGGGCUGCACCGGAUGAAUCUUGUAGCAUAGUAAUUUGCCAUGGCUGGAGAUGCGGGAUUCAUUCCCGGGUUAACUUUGUUUCCAGCCGUGGCGGUGUCCAAGAGCACCGCGGUUGUGUAAUUAUUCGAGACAAUCGUACAAAGUGCUGCCAAAUUUUGAGCGA